CUAUAUAUACCACCACCGCCGCCGUCACCGCCGCCGCUACUCCAUCUAUCUCAGCCAUGGAGGUCCCAGACUGCUACUACAUCAAACCGCCUCUGUUGGUCCGCCCCUGCAACCCCACACCCUGCCACUCCCUCUACCUCUCCAACCUUGACGAUCAGCCCUUCCUCCGCUUCUCCAUCAAGUACCUCUACGUCUACCGCCGCUCGGUCCCCGGCGCAGCCCUCGCCGCCUCCCUGGCCAAGGCCCUCGUCGAGUACUACCCCCUCGCCGGUCGCCUCGUCCGCAGCUCGGCGGGCGAGAAGCUGGAGAUCGAGUGCAAUGCCCAGGGCGCGGUGCUCGCCGAGGCUUAUGCCGAAUUCACCGCCGACGAGUUCCUCCGCGCCUCCGCCCGGCCCCACCAGUCGUGGAGGAAGCUCCUGUACCGACAGACCGCUGAGUCCUUUCUCGAUGUCCCGCCGCUCGUGGUUCAGGUGACGCAUUUAAGUUGCGGCGGCAUGGUCCUCUGCACCGCGUUCAACCACUGCAUCUGUGACGCCGUUGGGACGGCGCAAUUCCUGCACGCGUGGGCCCUGCUCACCGCCAAGCCCAGCGGCGGCGUCCUCCCCGUCGCCGCCUUCCACGGACGCGGCCUCUUGAAGCCCCGGGAGCCACAGCGGAUCGACUUCCCCCACUCCGAGUUCACAAGGCCAGAGCAGGAACACGACGACCUCGCGCAAUUCCUCCUCUCUCAGCCGCUGUCCCCUGUUUCGAUCACCUUCACGGCUGCUCAAAUCCUGCACCUCAAGAAGCAGUGCGUGCCGCUGCUCAAGUGCACCUCCUUCGAGGCCCUCGCGUGGCACGUGUGGCGCUCGUGGGUCCGGGCGUUGGACCCGCCGCCGGCGCUCCGAGUCAAGCUCCUCUUCUCCGUCAACGUACGCCGGCGGCUUACGCCGGAGCUCCCCGCCGGGUACUACGGCAACGCGUUCGUGCUGGCUUGCGCGGAGACUUCGGCGGCGGAGUUGGCCGCCUCCGGCGCCAGCAUGGGGGUCAGGCUGGUGCAGGCGGCCAAGGACGCCGUCGACGACGACCACGUGCGCUCGGUGGUGGAUCUGCUGGAGCAGCGACGGGCGCAACCGGACCUGUCGGCAAGCCUCGUGAUCUCGCCGUGGACCAAGCUGGGGCUGGAGGAGGUAGACUUCGGCGACGGGCGACCGGCCCACAUGGGGCCGGUGGCGAGCGAGAUCUACUGCUUGUUCCUGCCAGUAGUCGGAGAUUUAAAUGCCUUCACUAUGCUCGUGUCAGUGCCGCAGGGGGUGGCAGACAAGUUCCGCCACUACUGCACAAUUAAUGACUCAAACGAAAAAUAAAUAAGUUGAGGGAUUUAAUCAUAAAUGUGACAAUAAAACUGCAACCCUUUUUUUCUUUCCAUUAA